AAAUUGGGACGAAGACAAGAAAAAAAAAUUGCAAUGUGUGGCAUCCAAAAUUGUUAAAGAUUGUGUGCUCCAAUGCCAUGUGUCGGAUAGAAUACACACCAGCAACGCGAGUCACGAGGAAGAAUCUGAAUCUGUUACUGUUGCGUGUACCAUCCCUUCUUCUCCUCUCUUCGCGACACUUCUUUAAGUUCUUCUUCUUCCCUGUUAGUUUUAUUCAGCAUCCACCACUUCCAAACUUCUACAAAGAAGAGAAAAGAACAAGGGAUUCUCUUCAUCCAAGUUCGCUAGUAGGAGAUAUUGUAAUGGCAACAGUGGAAGCAUCCCAUGAAGCUAUGGCUACGGUGGCCAACAAGGCACCAAUCACUGCUGAGAGAAAGGUCCCUGAGGACUUGGACACCAAACUCCCCAAACCAUAUUUGCCUAGAGCUUUGAGUGCCCCUGACACAGAGAAUGUGAAUGGCACGUGGGGCCACAAACACAACGACAUGUCCGUUCUUCAGCAGCAUGUAUCCUUCUUCGACCUUAACAAUGAUGGUGUCGUCUACCCAUUGGACACAUAUAUGGGAUUCCGUGCACUCGGUUUCAAUGUGAUUCUUUCCUUCAUAUUUUCGAUUGGUAUUCAUGUAACUCUCAGUUAUCCUACUCUUCCUACAUGGCUACCUUCACCUUUUUUCCCAAUUUACAUAAAAAACAUACAUAGGGCAAAGCAUGGAAGUGACACUGGUACCUAUGACACAGAGGGAAGGUUCAUGCCAGCAAAUUUGGAAUUCAUGUUCAGCAAGUAUGCACGUGAGGUGCCUGAUAAAUUGACAUUGAAGGAGCUGUGGCACAUGACUGAAGGAAACAGGGUUGCAUAUGACUUCUUUGGCUGGGCUGCCAGUAAGUUUGAGUGGGGAGUUUUGUAUGUCCUGGCAAGAGAUGAACAAGGGUAUCUAUCAAAAGAAGCUGUGAGGCGUUGCUUUGAUGGGAGCUUGUUUGAUUAUUGUGCUAAAAACAGCAAAGGUGCUGCUGGAAAGAUGGCUUGACAGUUAUUGUUUUGUUCCCUACUUGGUGCUCUGCUGUAUUUUAAGUUCAACAAAAUUUGCAAAACAGAACUGUUAUUUAGUAAAAUUGUCUUGCAGUUGUAUUGUAUGUGUGUUGUUUUAUAGAAGCCUAAUUAUUAUUAUGGUA